AUUCGAUUCGAAUCGUAUACGGUUUUAUUAAAUAAAACAAAACGGCGUUUCACACCAUCCGAUUCGAUAUUUUCACGUACGCAUACAGGUUUCGAGUGCGCAUUGCAAUGCGCAAUGUGCAUAGCGCACGGCACUGUUGGCAGUCAGCACAUAAUCGUGAUCAUGAAUCCACGCGUUCCGCUUCUUUAUUACUGGUACACACGUAUACAUAAGAAACGUUCGGUACAACGAAGAUUCUGGGUACAUCCUUUAUUAGACCAUGGUCCACAACGAGAAGAGCGAUUUGAAAAAUUUUACAUGAACCUGAGAGAAGACGAACAAGAAUUUUAUAAUUAUUUCCAUUUGUCGAUGGCUAGUUUUGAUAAUUUACUAUCAAGACUAGAGAACUCUACACUUCCACGAAUAAAUACUAUUAUGAGGAUGUGCAUCAGUACAAAGAUGAAACUCGCCAUUUGUUUAAGGUACUUAGCGACGGGUUGUUCGAUGAAAGAACUUCAUUUCACGUUUAAAGUUGGUACAUCGACAAUCAGUGGAAUAAUAACUGAUGUAUGCUCGGCGCUUUGGGAUGUUUUACAUGACGAUUUCCUACCAUCACCUACUAAAACAAAAUGGGAAGAAAUUGCGAAGGGAUUCGACCAAAAGGCCAAUUUCCCGCAUUGCAUAGGCGCUAUCGGCGGAAAGCAUAUAAGAUCAAAGAAGCCGGAACUCAGUGGAUCAUCAAAUGUUAAAAACAAAGAUUACUACUCUAUUGUACUACUGGCAGUAGUGGAUUCAGAUUAUAAGUUUGUCUAUGUCGACAUAGGUUCCUAUGGAACAAACUGCGAUUCAUACAAUUUAAAAAACACCGGCUUAUGGGAAAAACUGAAUGACGAGUCGUUGCCAAUACCUGACCCCACGCCACUUACCGAGUCCGGAAAGAGUAUACCAUUUGUACUAGUAGGAGAUGAAGCAUUUGCUCUUCACAAUAAUCUAUUACGACCCUUCGGAGGAACGCACUUAGAUGAACGUAAAAAAAAAUUCAACUGUCGCCUGAGUCAAGUUCGGAGAUAUGUGGAAUGGGCGUUUGGAAUCAUGGCAGCGAAGUGGAGAAUUCUGCAAAGGCCAGUGGACACUUCGAUUACUUCAACCAUCGAAAUUGUGAAGGCUUGCAUUGUACUUCACAAUUUCGCCUGUGAACGUGAUGGUUUGCGUUUCGAUGAUUCCAGCGAAGCGACCUCCGCAAUGGACAAUUUGGAAAACGAACCAAAUCCACGGGCAGGAGCUCAAGCCAAUAAUAUUCGUUCAGCAUUUGCUGAUUAUUUUAUGUCACCCGAGGGGUCUGUACCGACGCAAUAAAAACUAUGUUCAA